UUUCCUUUGAGAGGCUAAAACGGUCCUCGGGGUCACGUUAUUAUUUCAUCAAUCAAGGAUUUCAGCGCGACGCGUGUGCGCGCGCUGUGCCCUGUCUGGUUUGGAGGGGAGACGAAAAGAAUCCAGACCCAGACACGCCGCCGCGCGCCUGCCCAGACAGCGGCCUGAGUGCCUGGGAUGAGCGCGGGACGGCGGUGGUAUGCGCGAGAGCUUGGCCGGGCCACGUAGCGGGGCUUGAGACACCGGUGCGCACACAGCUAUCUCCGCAGCCCGUAACGCACAUCAGCACAUAUUAACCCUCAUUUUGCACAAAGGGGUCAUUGGCAUUGCCUUCCUUAAAUGCACAUCCGCGAAUGUAGAGGGAGAGCGAGCAAACCCGAAUCUGUGCAACUCUGAUUGCACGAACGCAAGAGGGACGUCGCACUCGACGGAGGGAGGUUCUCUAGUGAACAAACCGCCCUAGUGCACACUCAUUAUGGCGAGUAGGGUGUAAGGUUGUUUGAGGUCAACCAACUGUCAGCCCCAGCAUAGAUGUCAAGUCAAGAACAUGCAAACCCCAUAAAAGUAAUGUGCUGUAAAUGGCUCAAGCAGUGCACAGAAAUCCUUACAGCAGUUCCAUGUCUGGCAUUCAGCUCGGCUUUACCUGCUCUGCAGUUUGAAAACACUGGCACCCUGCGGGGCAGCAGCCUUCAGAGAAACUGAAUCUGGCAGCUGCCUAUAACUCAUAUACUAACUCAAGAGAAAUUUAGUUUCAGAUGUUCAGCAUCAAAGACAAUGAUUUGAUUUUUCAAUCUGAUUUUUAAGCAUAUGAAACAAAACUUGGAACAGAUUGUAUGUCUUUCCAACUGCAUUUUCUACCUUGGACACAAUGGAUGCUCUUUUUGAAUCGGGUUGACUCUCUGUCACCUCAUCCCCUCCUUCCUGUCUCCUCAGUAGAAGGAGGGUGGGGGAUUGGCGGUGCAUCCCCUGCCCCUCCUUUUAGAGUAGGCUAGUCUACAUAGGCUCCAUAGCAGUUUCUCUUUUCCAUUGCCUUGUGCUUCCACCAACUCCAUUCCCUCUCCCUCUUCAUGAAAUCCUGCAAGAGCCUCAAGGAAGAGGUGUCCGUCCCAGGCCUUGGCGGGAUGUCACAGGAGGAAGGACGCAGGGCGCCAGUGUCCCAGUCUUAUUUUCAUUCCCCUAACCCAGAUCUGGAUCUGACAGGCAAGCUUUAUAAGAGGGAGGUUGGUGGUAAGCCUUAUUCUGUGCUAGUGGACAAUAAAAUGGCAGCCAAAACAUGCGUGGGAGACCAGAACAUUGGUCAGGUGCCCACUCAACAUGUGACUCAACAGCAACAUCAGCAGUAUUUCAGAGAGGGAGGAGCAGGGAAAGAGGUGGGGACGCAGGGAUCCCAGGCUGGCAAUAACGGCACCUCUGACGACACUGAAGAUGAUGACGACGAUGAGGAAGAGGAGGGUGAGGAGGAGGAGGAGGAGGAUGGGGAGACCGAGAGCUUCAAUCGUGAACAGAUCAUUGUCGAGGUUAACCUGAACAACCAGACACUUCACGUGUCCAAGGGGGACAACAAAACUGGCACCACAGCUGAUGACUCUGAGAGAGCUGGCAGCGAUGAUGAUGAUGACAACGACGACGACGAUGAGGAGGAGGAAGAAGAGGAGGAGGAAGAGGAGAGCCCUGAUGAAGAAGAGGAAGAAGAGGAUGAGGAGGAUGAGAUUGAGAGUCAACGAACAAGGUCAAAGAGGGGCCGUCGGGGUGCUAGUAGCACAGCAGCUGCCAGCCAGCCACGGAGGAAAAGCCUGAGAACAGCUCUGAGCACAGCCACUGCAGGAAUGACCACCAGGGGCCGGCGGAAGCGCAUGGAGCCUCCAAAGAGCAAGCGCAGGUCUGCCAGGUCAGCCCCAUCGUCUGCAGGGGGGAAAGCAGAGGUGGAGGAGAAGGAGAUGCUGGCGUGUGAAAAGUGCCCCCGAGUGUUCAACACGCGCUGGUAUUUGGAGAAGCACAUGAACGUCACACACAGGCGAAUGCAGAUUUGCGACAAGUGUGGCAAGAAGUUUGUCCUGGAGAGUGAGCUGGCCUUACACCAGCAGACUGACUGUGAAAAGAACAUCCAGUGUGUCUCCUGCAACAAGUCUUUUAAGAAGCUGUGGUCACUGCAUGAGCACAUUAAGAUUGUGCACGGCUAUGCCGAAAAGAAGUUCUCGUGUGAAAUCUGUGAGAAGAAGUUCUACACUAUGGCACACGUCCGUAAGCACAUGGUUGCUCACACUAAGGACAUGCCAUUUACCUGUGAGACAUGCGGGAAGUCGUUUAAACGCAGCAUGUCUUUAAAAGUUCACUCACUCCAGCACUCUGGAGAGAAGCCCUUCCGUUGUGAGAACUGUGACGAGCGGUUCCAGUACAAGUACCAGCUGCGCUCCCACAUGAGCAUUCACAUCGGACACAAGCAGUUCAUGUGCCAAUGGUGUGGCAAAGACUUCAACAUGAAACAGUAUUUUGACGAGCACAUGAAAACACACACAGGAGAGAAGCCUUUCAUUUGUGAGAUUUGCGGGAAGAGCUUCACCAGCCGCCCCAAUAUGAAGCGCCACCGCCGCACCCAUACUGGGGAGAAGCCCUAUCCCUGCGAGGUGUGCGGCCAGCGCUUCCGCUUCUCCAACAUGCUCAAAGCACACAAAGAGAAGUGUUUCCGGGUCACCAGCCCCGUGGUUCUGCAGACCAGUGGCCCGCCUGUGCCUGUCCGAAUCUUUGCCAACACCUUCUCCUCCUCGUCUUCUUCCCCACCUGGCCCCGGUCCUUCAGCCGUCACCCCAGCCACCACAUCAGCACCCCUGGGUCUCAGUCCGACAGCAGGCCCCAUGCCUCCACGAGGCCCUAUGGGACACACAUUCUCCCACGUGACGCUCCACUCAACCACCUCUCACCAUCAUCCCCAUGCUCCAACAACCCAGCAACACCUUUCAAACACACCUCAACACGCCCCGCCUCACCCCCACCACCACCUGGCCGUGCCCCCAGUCUCCCACCUGCCCCCACCCCCGGCCCUUUUCAAGAGUGAGCCCUUAAACCACUGUGGGCAUGAGGACAACAGCUACCUGCAUCACAUGGCUCCCCCUGACAAGGGCCCCGGGGCCCCACAGCACCACUGAACUGUGCUCCCGUUCUGCAGGCCCGCACCAAACUGCGCCUUCUUUCUCCUCUUCUCAUGGUCCUGCCUCAGUUUCUCAGUUGCUAGACCCCUGAUGUAAGGGUGCUCCUCUCAAACAGAUUGAAAUAAGUCAAGCUAAACAUACACCAGACUGAUAGACCCUUUGUGCACCUGUUAUUUAAGUAAGAAACCCUACUUAAAUACCCUGGUCAACUGACAAAGAUUUUACAACUUCUAGAUUUUUUUUCUUGAACAUUUUCUAAGGAAAGCUACACAAAAUGAUCUCUGUGUGAGUUCUCUGUCUGUACAUUGAUGGGUGUAAAAUAUCUCCAUUUCAUCAAAAGCUGCUGAUGGAAAUCAACUUAUGUAUCACCUGGGCUACGUGGAUCAUCAGAUAUCAGUGUCAUUGAACUUUCCUCUUCACGUCAAGUUGACUUACGGUUGCAUAUUGGUCAGGACUUAUGCUUUUUGUGCUGGUCCUCCCCAGAGCAAUACUCAACCUGUCCUGCUAGUUGUACUGCAGAACCUUUGCCCCCCACCUCCUCCACACACACACACACACACACACACACACACACACAGAAACAUUGAAUGAAUGUUGUAACUGGUCCUCUUCUGAGCCUUAACCUAAGACUAAGGCAUUCUGUCAGAAGGGCAACAGCAGUAGUGACACAGUGCCAUAGGUUGCAGUGAAAAGGCGGAGAGGAAUUUUUGUAAAGGACAUUGGAAAAAACAAAAAGGUUUUGUAAAUGGUUAGUUGAAUCUAGACAUAUUCUAGAUUCAUAACAUGGUUAAAUGGUGCUUUCCAUUCCAGUACAUGAAAUAUUUCUUAAUUUUGCUUUUCAGAAGUGUAAUAUUUCAAAAUAACAACGUAUUAUGUCAUACAGAACACGUCUUGACAGACUGGCUUUUCUACAGUUGAUCUGAGUUUUGACUAAAGAUUUUGUGAUGGGGGGAUCUCAAGUUAUGCAGGACAUGCCACAGGCACACUCAUUCUCACUCUUGCUCAAGCACACACACACACACACACACACACACAAACAAAAGACCAUAUGGUCACUGAUUUACCUGCUGUGAUCAGUGCAACCUCAGCUCUUAGUACUGUUGGUCAACAGACGCUUUUAGAUAACACGACUGUCAAAUACUGCCACUGUGAGGGGCCCCACACACGGCCCCAUCAGGAUUUACCCCACCUUCUUUCGCUGCUGUCUAAAUGAUACGGGUUACCAUGUUAAAGGUCAUAUGACACACACAGUACACACACCUGGGACCUUUUUUUUCAUCACAGUUCUUAACAGACAAUUAUGCAUAUUCCUCUUAGCCUAUAUUCCAUGGUUUGGUGUGGGGUGUCGUCGUAAAGCUUUGGGAUUUUUUGUUUUUGUUUUUUUUUUGAUUCUCAUCAUACUGACACACUUUGAUCCACACAGGCAAAACGCAUGUCUCAACCUGUUGAAUGUUGCCUACGCAGAAUGACGGCUGACGAAUCGUUCUGAUGUUUUCCUUUAUGUUCUCUGAUAAUGUGCUCAGUUUUAAGCUAAUGAACGGCUCUGCAGUGUAGAUAUGCUGUUGUUAGCACAUGAUAGGAAAUGUCAGGAUGAAAGGCAGUGGUCAUACAACUUCUAAUACUUGGAAUUCUUGUAUAGAUAAGCAAACACGUGAUCAAGUCAGCGCAAGACGUUACAUUUCUCAAUGUAAUAGCUGAAAGUGUGAAUGUUUUUGAUUGCCUGAUUGUUCGCUCUUCACCCCGUCUGACUGCUAGCAGAUGUGUGUUUAGGAGCAACAUUGAGCUUUGUGUGUGUGUGUGUGUCUGUGUGUCUGUCUGUGUGUGUGUGUGUGUGUGCGUGCGUGCAUUAGUUUUUAACCAGUCUGUCUGGUUGUCCCCAGUGCUCUUGUACCAAAAGCUGCUUUUACACAGUGUGCCCCAGUAUGUAUAUUUGGGGAUACCUGAGAUGGAUAGCAGUAUAUUUAACAUGAUCUUCUUUCUACUGCUUGAACAGAGUUUAGUCUGAAGUGGUUAAGCUCAGUAGUUUAGGAAGUCCCAGCCUUGUUUUUUUCAAUUGAUUUGCGACAUGCAAUUAUCCUGACAUUUCUGUAGGUCUUAAUAUCGCUGCAUUAUUUGCUUAUCAUCCUGCCCCCUCGGGUUCGCUGCUGUGCUUCAGCAUUUUGCAGUACGGAUCUUUGUCUUUGUUUUUUGUGUUUUUUUUUUUUUUUUUGGUUUGUUUGUCUGUUUGUUAAGCCUUUCAUUUGUGUGUAUUCUCUGCACUUUACUGCUGCGUGGGUGAGGCGCAGGGACGGGGGAAGGGAGGGACUGACAAUGCAUUGUGGAACAGAGUGCAGUUAUGGCUGCAUGGGAAAGGGUGGAGGUGAUUACUUUGAGUGGAUGUUUUUAGGCAAGGAAAGGAGGAGAAUCCCGGGUGGAGACGGGUAGUGUGGAAGGGACCAUAGCAAACGAAGGACAUUUCUUUUAGUAACGUGCAUAAAUUUAAUUUCUUAUUUUCUCAAAGAAUUAAACUUUUGCUCCAGUAUGGACCUCCCCUCAAAGUGAAAGCAAUGCUCCUCCUGCUUUGGCAACUUUCCACCAGCCCCUCCAAGCUAUGUGUGAAAUACAUUUUUCUGUUUGUUCAUGGAGUUUUUAUCUCAUGUCAUGUCCUGUUCUGUCUUUUUUCAGUUUGCUGAAUGAUUCUCCUCCUCCUUUCUUUGUUAUAUAGAAUGCACUUUCUACUAAAAUUCUUGGCUAGUUAAGAAAAAUAACAUUGUAUGUUCUUUAAAGAUGUUUUAAAAAAAAAAUCAAUAUACUUUUUUUCCCCUUUGUAUUUUUAACCACUUAAUGUAGCAAUUCGUAUUUUAUUAUUGUAUCUGGUACAAAAUGUGCAGCUUUAUAAUGUCCUGGUUUGUCCUUUUUUUUUGUAUGUUAUCUGGCGAUUGGGGAGAAGUGAAAAAGUUGGGCCUUUUUUUGAUAAUGUACAUUUAACUGACUGCUAACUUUAAGAAGUAAAAACAAGUAGCCAUGAUUAUCACA